AUGGCACCAAUCACCAAUAUCACCACUGCCAUCAUCGACGCUCUCAACCAAGCAAGAGCAGCCACCAACCCCUCCUCCCCGGUCAACCUCAAUCCGACCGUCAACAAUCAAGUCCAGCCAACCACCUCCUCAUCCGGGCCCUUCAGCAACUCCUUGCUGACCUCUAUCCUCACCUUCUUCGCAGCAAUAGCGAACAUCUGGCUCGGCCUGGGCGGCGUCAUCGGUGUCAUUCUCUUUCUUGUCCGAUGCUACAAGAAAGGGAAAUGGCCGCAAUCUCACCAGGAAGAACAGGUGGAGUUGACCAGGGAACUCUUGGAGUUGACCAAGGAGCAGGUGGAGCUGACCAGGGAGCACCUGGAGGUGACCAAGAGAAUGGAGGACGGACAACUUGACGCCAACCUUAAUACAAAGGAGCAUCAUGACCGUCAGGGGCAGCAAAUGGAUCGCCUUCUCCAGCACUUCGACGUCAAGGACCGGCCGUGUCUCCAUUCACCGUGGGAGCGCCAUAGGGCUGACUGCCCACCCCAUGUGCAACAGCGGGACUCCAGGUACCCUCCUUGGGAUGAAGAGGAGGGGGAAAUUGACUGGUCGGUAUUUGGGAGUCGGGAGAACCUGAUACCCUUUUAUGGCGAGUCUCAGAAGCGAACGGAGCCGGAUGGGGAACAGCGCAGUGGUGGUGCGGGCUUGGAAAGCGACGAGUUAGUGAAAAGCCUGCCUAGUGGCUGGAUCAGAGUGUCGGAGUCGGUGGUUGAAAACCAGAGCGUGGCGGAUUGGGGGGACCACGAGAAGAUGGUUUGGUUGGAAGGUGCUGAGGAAGGUUUGGCAGGACUACCUCUUUAUCACACGACAACAAAAUGGAAAACUUCUUGA